AUGGCCAUCAGUCUGCAAUGUGAACCCGUUGAGCAGUCAGAGAGUGGAAAGGCUCUAAAAGGUCACAUCUUUAAAUCGAAACGGGUACAAGAUCCGUAUGAGUGUCUGAUGUUCUGCUACAGCGAACUCACAUGUCAGAGCUACAAUUACGUCAAAACUGGUAAACUUUGCGAGCUAAAUAACAGAACCAAAGAAGCAAGACCUGAAGAUUUUGUCCGAGAUGAAACUAGAUUCUACGUGCGACGGUGGAAGAACAGAGUCUCUGUAGGCUCCGCUCCCGAGAUGCCUGCCGAGUCUUGUGGUGAGAUCAAAGCCAGCGAACAAGGGAUGGCGGUCAGCGGUAGAUAUUGGCUGGAGCCCCAGGAGACAAAAAUUAAAUCCAAGAACUUUCUAGUUUACUGUGACAUGGUAUCAGAGGAUGAGGCCUGGACUCUCCUCGCUCGGUUUUCAAACAGUGACACUAAAUACUGGAUGGAUGACUUAGGAGACUGGUGGUAUGACAGUGCUCAAGCUGCAGGAGAAACCACUGACCCGUCACACAACCCAGACAUGAUAUCAUGUGGCAGAGAGCUUAAGAUCACGCGCAAUGACGACUUUGGACACACUCCUCUAUUGCAAACCACAGGGAACUGUCUGAGUGGGAAGACAUUCCGCUCCAAAAUUACUAUGGAUGAAACUUCAGUCUGGUCUAAGGGAGACUUAGAAGAUAACAGAAGAGAAUCUGAAUUUAGUAAUGACGCAUGGGGUUCGAAAACUUAA